CAUACAUUGGGCUCUAUGUAUGAAUCGGAUUUAAAAAUAGAAGAGGAAUUUCUUUGUUAAUAUAUUCUCUCCGAUUAAACUCAUAAAAGAUGUGACAUAAAAUAUGUUGAAGUUAACCUUUCUCGUCCUUAUUCAGGUAAUUCUGAUUCUCAUAAGAAACUGCGAUUCUGUUCCUCUGCCGCAGUGGGUUUGGAGGGUAAAUUCUUGCCCUGAUCCAGACAAUAUCACACAAUGGAAAGAAGCCUCUAAAAGAAUAAACUGCUUCUAUGAUUUGACAUCUAAAGACCCGAAGGAACAGGAGAGGGUAUAUCACUGUUUACCAAGCACCUAUAUGAAUGAAAGUGUAGAAUUUUGUGGAAGAAGUGUACCAAUAGCUCCAGGAAACUGUCCGGUGUACAACUACAAACAUUCCCAAAAUAAAGCACCCAGCUACUACAAUUGUAAUAAUUUUACCACUGGGUGUCCAAAACAGAUGUUUUUCUCCAAAGAGGUGUAUAAAUAUCCAAUGUGUUUGAAAAUAAAAUUAGGAUGCUAUGAAGCAGAUUUAAAGUGCAUAAAUAAAUCAACUUCCACCCCAGCUACCACGGUACUUUUAACAAGGACUACCCGACUGGAAUCUUCAUUCAAACCAAACUCAUCAAACAAUGAUCCAAGUUCAGAAAAAGGAAGGCUUCCGGAUGUUGGAAUGAAUCCAGUCACGGAAUAUGAUAGCGGAAGUGAAAUGUACUGGAUGUUACCUGUCGUGGGUUUCGUAGGAGCUUUUAUUGCAGGCAUUAUUAUAUUAACUAUCAUCAAAAGAAGGAGACUAAUCAAGUGUUUGAAAAAAAUUGGGAUGAAUGAAACACACAUGGUUGAUGAUGAAACACAAAUGAAACGAUUAUUAUCUAUCCCACCUACGAGGGACAGCAACCAAUCAGAUAAUGAAAGCAAAGCAAGUGACAAUGACAAUGCGGCCAUCAAGGGGAGCGAUUCUGCAAUAGAAACAUUGGACUCAGAUUCAGAGAAAAAUGAAGAUAAUACUGAUCCAAAAACUUUCCAUGAAGAAACUGAAGAAAAGAGAUUUUCAAAUAAGGUGAAAGAAAGAGACGAGAAAAGCAGAGUUAAACAAACGUCGUGUGACAUCAAAAUUGAAAAUGGUAAAAGAUUCAAGUUCACUUAA